AUGAUGACCAACCUCCCCAACUACACAUUUGACAAGCAACAAUGGCCUCAUCUGCGCAACAUCAACUUGGCCGAUCCAGACUACAAUGUUUCUCGGCCAAUUGAUAUCUUACUGAAUGCUGGUAUCUAUGCAGAUAUCAUCAUGGCGGGCAUACUACGAGGUUCUCCGGAAGCACCCAUUGCACAACAAACUAAACUUGGGUGGGUGUUGAUGGGAAACGUCAAAACUUUCAACUGCCACGUCAUUCUCAACAACAUUGACGAUAUUUCACGAUUCUGGGAAAUGGAGGAAAUUAUGGAAACUCGCCCUGAGUCACCAGAUGGUCACUAUUGCGAAACUUUAUACAACAACACUACACGCCGACGGGACGAUGGGCGCUAUGAAGUGAAAAUCCCCAUGAAACCGAAUUAUGAACAACAUUUGGGCACAACAAAGCCACAAGCCAUUGCCCAGUUCAAACAACUAGAGAAAAGACUAGCUAAGGAUGAACAGCUGGCUAAAAGCUACAAAGCAUUCAUUCAUGAAUACCAGCAACUUGAUCACAUGAAGAAAUGCACAACAUCACGCGAGCCCAGCUGUAUUCUACCUCAUCAAGGAGUCGUCAGACCCGAUUCCACUACUACUAAACUCCGUGUCGUUUUCAACGCUUCUGCCAACACAUCGUCAGGUCACAGCCUCAACGCGUUGAUGGAAGGUGGCCCAAACAUUCAACAAGAUCUUCAAGCUAUCAUUAUGCGCUGGAGAACCUAUCAGUUCGUGUACACAGCUGACAUCGAGAAGUUCUACAGGCAAAUACUAGUACGUGAAGAAGAUCAACACUUACAAAAAUCGUGUGGCGAGAUUCGACAGCAGACCUUAUCACAGAGUACCAACUUUGCACUGUUACGUACGGUACGAAGGCUGCGCUAUUCUUAG